AUGCCCUGCGGCGUCGACUCGUGCGGUGCGCCCAUUCCGGCCUCGCCCAUCGGCACCCUAUUCUCGCUUUCACCAUUUAUCGCAACCUUUGUCAUUGUCAGCUCGGUUAUCGGCGGCAAGGUAUUCCCGAAGCUCUCCCGCGUACAAGACGACCGUGACGAUGGCGAAGGCCACUACCUGCCUCCUUCAGCGCCUCCGAGUCUCCAACAAGCGCACGCCGAGCGCGGAGCCCGAUCGAUGCGCCGCCGAGUAGCCGCCAUGACGUUCUCCGCAACAAUAGGCCUGGCCGCCGUGCUUGGGGAGCUCAUCCUGGCCGAGAUCUCGGACCUCGUCAGUCCCGAAGCCCGCGCCCUAGCAUUGCGGUUCACGGUGCCAACGCUUCUCUUCAUGCUCGUAGUUCUCAUACCGUUCCUCGAGCUCCAGUCUGUCGUGUCUAGCCUGGCCACCUUCCAGCGCACAGCCAAGGGGCGUGUCCCACGAAUCGCAUGGACGUUGCAACUCCUCGGCUUCGGCGGCUGGCUCUUCGUUUUCUGGUCUCUAGGCAAAGCGGUGCCCCGGCCCGACGGGACCGAGUACCUGUGGGGGAUAGCCAGCAGUGACGGGGCCGGGUUCGACAGCACCGCGCUGACUAUUGGCCGGGCCGAGGCCAAAGCCGAAUCGGUAGGCGACGUUCUCGUAGGCGGCAGGCUCUCGCGCGCGUGCCUUGAGCGAAUCGGCGUCAUUGGCAUUCUGCUCAUGGCUUUGCUUUCCGGCUUCGCCAGCGUCUCGAGCCCCUGGCACACCUUUGCCGACAACCGGGCCUUUCGCAAGCGGCCCAUUACCGACACAGACAUUGCCCGCAAGCAAGCUGGGCUGGACGCCACGAGUGAGAUGUUAGCCACCAAGCGACAUCGUCUGCGCUCUCUCCAGGACAAGGUCGCCAGACGAGCAGAAGCUUCAGCUGCUUCCAGCCAUCACAACAACGCUGGAAGUAACGGCAGCAGUCUAGUUGGCAAAAUGCUCGGCUCCCUCAAGGGCAUAGCCACCGGCUCCUCAGCAGAAGCAGCCGAGAUCAAGUCCCUACAAAUGGAAAUCUCCGGGCUCGAAACAAUGGAAUCCAACCUCUCCUCCUCGCUCUCCAUCCUCCGCACGCGGCAAGCCGCCCACGCCCGUGACGGCACUCCUCUCGGCCGUCUCCUGUCACUGCCAUCCUACAUCUUCAGCCUCUACUGCAUCUACCGCGUGCUCGCCACCACCUUGACCACCCUCCGCCGAAACAACUUCUCCCUUUUCUCCCUCCUUUUCUUCUCAUCAUCAUCCACCAACCCUUCAGAAUCUACCACUAGUGGUAGCACAUUCUCCUCCACCGACCCGAUAAACCGCUUCCUCUCCCUCCUGGCAAAACACUGGGACCCGAAACUAGACCAAGUAGCCUGGGCGCGCCAAAUCUCCUUUUUCUUGUCAGGGGUCAUCCUGCUCGGGUCAGCCAACUCCGUCAUCGUCACCUUCCGCAUCUUCGCCAAGUGGAUGCCCGGUCUGCUGUACCAAGCGCAAGCCAACCUGGCGCUGCUGACGGCUCAGAUCGCGGCCACGUACGUGAUCAGUUCGGCGCUGUUGCUCAGGAGUAAUUUGCCGAGGGAGGUGGGGAGGUCGGUGGGGGAUGCCCUGGAGAGCGCGUUGGAGCCCGGGUUCGUGGAUCGCUGGUUUGAGGGGUGGUUUUUGGUGGCCAGCGGACUGACGGCGUUAGGGAUUUGGGUGGGGAGGAAGAUGGGAGCGGGCACGUAUAAUUCUCCCGGGGGGUCAGGCGGCUGGUCGGGGCUGGAUGAGUGGGAGGAGUUUGGCGGGGAGGAGAUGGGUGUUGGUGCCAAGAGGUCAUGA